AUGGCAUCUUCAACGUAUCAACCGGUAGCACCGGAAGAGGACAAACCACCCACCAGUUCUGACUCCAGCCAAGACUCCUCAAGCGCAAUUCGCUAUACUCCGGAACCUGAUGUAGAUGAUCAGGACGACCUGGCCGAGCUGGGACAAGGCGAGGGCUACGAGCUCAAAGAGCUGGGAGGAAGCUCGCGAACUCCGGCGCAACGAGAUGAUGAUGAAGAAGACGCUGAAGAAGAAGAGGAAUUAGCAAGCAAUCGUCGUCGAAGAGCCAGCAGGGCAAGCGUUCAGUCAUUCGAGCUUUACACACCAGAUGAAGAACGGAAAGUCCUCCGCAAGCUAGACACUCGUCUCGUCCUUUUCGUGGCACUGCUAUAUCUUCUAUCUUUUCUAGACCGGAGCAACAUCGGCAAUGCCAAGAUCGCUGGCCUCACAGAUGACUUAGAAUUGGACGAUAACCAGUACUCAUGGCUACUGACGGCCUUCUACAUCACCUACAUUCUAUUCGAAUGGAUGACAGUCUGCUAUCAGCUCUUCCCACCGCACAUCUACAUCAGCUGUUGCGUUUGUGCCUGGGGUGUGCUGGCAUCACUGCAGUCCAUUGUGAGCUCGUUUGGCGGAAUCCUGGUGCUGCGAGUCUUGCUGGGCAUUGGUGAGGCCGCAUUCGUAGGGAUACCAUUCUAUCUAUCAUUCUUCUUUCGAAAGGACGAACUGGCUUUCCGCAUUGGGUUAUUCAUCUCUGCUGCGCCACUGGCAACAAGCUUCGCUAGUAGUCUUGCUUAUGCUAUAGUGAGGUUUGGCGGUGGCACUGGUAUUGCAAGCUGGCGAUUGCUGUUUCUUGUAGAAGGCUUCCCAGCAUGUCUAGUAGCAGUGUGGGCCUACUGGUGGAUCCCGGACUCGCCCCAGACAGCCCGGUGGCUGAAAGCUCGUGAGCGCAAGAUCGCCACCCUGCGUAUGCGAAAAGAAACCACAGCCAGCACGGCUACAGGCGAGAAGCCUACAGCGAAGUUGGACAGCACGCCGCGCUAUAAACGCAAAUUCCAGUGGUCUGAAGUUCUACGCACCUUGAAGGAUCCAAAAGCCUAUCUGACAGCCAGCAUGUUCUUCUGCGUCAACGUCGCCUUUUCGUCGUUGCCAGUAUUCCUGCCGACCAUAGUCCAUAGCAUGGGCUACUCACGCCUGGCAGCGCAAGGACUCUCUGCGCCACCAUUCCUGUUCUCGUUCGUGAUCGUUCUGGUCACGGCCUAUCUUUCCGACAGAUAUCACAGCCGAAGUGUCCCGAUGAUGCUGCACGCCGCUGUAGCAAUGACAGGCUACAUCGUCCUGGCACUGGCCGGCACGUUCAAGCUCGGACAUGUUCUCCGAUAUCUUGCCGUCUUCCCGAUCUGCGCAGGCUUCUUCUCAGCCGUCACGAUAGUGAUCACUUGGACUGUGAAUAAUCAGCCAUCAGACGAAGGCAAAGGGACAGGCAUGGCUAUGCUGAAUGUGAUUGGACAGAUGGGUCCUCUGCUGGGUACAAGACUUUACCCUGAUGCUGAGGGACCAUACUAUAUCAAGGGAAUGAGUGUCUGUGCCGUUGCUAUGGCUCUGGUGGGUCUGUUGGCAUUGGCUUUGCGGAUUGUGUUAAAGAAGGAGAAUGCGAGGCGACGGAGCCUGUGGCGAGAGGAUGAGAUGGCUGAGGGCGAAGCUUUGGUUGGCAGAAGGGCCACGAGCGAGCCCUUUACGUUCUUGACGUGA